CCCACGCUCUCCAAUGAAUGCCGGCGUCCCGAUCGUCUUUGACUGCGCAGGCGCCGGUCUACAAUAUGGCGCCGUGUGGCUUUUGUAGGGCUGCGCAGCCUCUGAGGAUUCCCGGGAAUUUUAAAAAUGUUGUUUGUUUGUUUGUUUAUUGUGUGCAGAUGCCGUCGCGGUCACGUUUAAUUUCACAAUCGCGAGAUGAAUUGUUUUUGUCCAGUUCUAGGAAGACGGAUGCAGGUUGGCGUUUUGUUUUGCUUUCAUUUUCUUUUGUCAAAUGCGCUCGUGUGGAUCUCCGCCUCCCUGCCGACAUGAACUGAAGAACUGACUGGUUGACAUGGAAGACCAGACUUGUAAUUCUGCACUGAGGUCUUCUGCAAUUCAGGAGAAUGACGAGGAGAUUAUGCUGUAUACUGACAGAGGGGAGGCAAGAGUAGAUCUUGUCUCCUCUGUACUGCAAAGCCAUGAGCGGAGACCUAUCUGGGUUAAAGAGGAACACUGCGAAAGGCAUUGUGUACUUGUUGAAGAGGAGAAUUGUCACCCUGGCUCUUUCCAGUUUAAAUCUGGCAUUUCCACCUCCACAUCAGCACCAAAAGUAGAGUUGUGUGAUUUGAGUUCUGUCUGUAUUAAAGAAGAAGGUUGUGAACCUGGGUUUGACUUUGUUAUAAAACCAGGCUUGGAUCCUUUGACUGUUUUAGGUGAAGUCACUUUACUGAAGUCCUCCAUAAAGAGGCAGAACAUCUCCUGUCCUCAGCAACCUGAGUUACUGCAGUGUGAGAAAGGGAUUAUGGUAGAGACCUUUGUCAGUAGGCCUCAAGAGGAAGAGGCAGCAACCCAUACUACCAAUCCAUCUGGAAAAAUAAAAACAUCCAGUGGAGUUGCUGUUAGGAAUAUCCAGAGGAACUGCAUCUCAAAAACCAUCUGUCAAAAUUCAGAAAACAUGAAAGUAAUGAAUGAAAAAGGACCAGGAAAGCUCUACAAAGAUGCUCAUUCAAGUAACUUAGGAGAUGGCAAGUCUGUGGUAGAGAAAAAUGUAACUGGGCAGACAUCAUCUAUGAAGGGUCCUCAGAAAGUCCAAACCAAAAAGAGGCCUUUCAGUUGUACUGGUUGUGAGAAAACAUUUACAAGGAAGUUUCAUCUGCAGUGUCAUAUAAGAAUUCAUACGGGAGAGAAACCAUUCUGCUGCACUGAAUGUGGAAAGCUGUUUAUUAAGAAAGAUUACCUGCAGAGGCAUCUAAGAGUUCACACUGGAGAGAAGCCAUACUGCUGCGAUAAAUGUGGGAAGUAUUUUUCAAUGAGAAAUAAUCUUCAGCGACAUUAUAGAAUUCACACGGGAGAGAAGCCUUAUGGCUGCACAGAGUGUGGAAAGCGUUUCACAAAGAAAAAUAAUCUUCAGCGUCAUCUGAUAGUUCACACAGGUGAGCAGCCUUAUGGCUGCAAUGAGUGUGAAAAGAGAUUUACAAAGAGGAUUCAGCUUAAAGUCCACUUGAAGGUUCAUAUGGGUAAAAGGAUGUUUGAGUGUAAUGAAUGUGGUAAAAAAUUCACAAAGAAACAUGGACUUCAGCUGCACACCAGAAUUCACACUGGAGAAAAACCUUACUGCUGUUCUGACUGUGGAAUGAGGUUCAUUCAGAAAAAUACUCUUCAGCAACACCAGAGGAUCCACACAGGAGAGAAGCCAUAUUUCUGCAUUAAGUGCGGGAAAAGGUUUUCUCGGGAAAUUCAUCUUAAACAGCACCAGAGGAUUCACACGGGUGAAAAGCCAUUUUGUUGUACUGACUGUGGCAAAAAGUUCACACAGGAAGGAACACUGAAACACCACCAGAGGAUUCAUACAGGUGAAAAACCGUAUUGUUGUACUGAAUGUGGGAAAAGGUUCACAGGAAAAAAUAAUCUUGUUUACCACCGGCGGAUUCAUUCUGGAGAGAAGCCAUUCUCCUGUAGUGAAUGUGGAAAGAGAUUUGCAGCAAGGAAAACUCUUCAGCAGCACUUGAAAAUUCAUACAGGGGAGAAGCAGCAUUGCUGCAAUGAAUGUGGAAAACGUUUUACCCAGAAAAUUGCCCUUCAACAACACCAAAGGAUUCAUACUGGAGAGAAACCAUAUUGGUGCAGUGAAUGUGGGAAACUCUUCACUAGGAGUAACAAUCUGAAACGGCACAUGAUGAUCAUGCAUACUACAGAGAACCCAACACAAUUUUGAGAAAAAAAGUAUAGGCAAAAGAUCCAGACACACACAUUUUUGUACUUUUUGUCUUGCAUUUCUGAGGUCAUAUGAAUUAUACCAUUGGUCUGAAGAUUUGAAACCAUACAUAACAAACUGAAAAGAUAAACUGAAGCUGGUUUCCCUGUUACCCUUCAAGGAUUCACUGGAUGAAAAAUGUGGAUCUGCUAAUUACAGCUUUAUAAAAGUUAAAUUGAAAGUGUGGCAGUGUUUGUUUAUAUUUUACACUGAUGGCAAGUAUUGGGAUUUUAUUUAUUAAUUUUUUUUAGGUUAUGAAUUUUAUAUCCAUUCCAUUACUUGUGUAACACAAUGCAGUGCUUCUAAAGUUCCUCAGAUGCCACACUGAAGAAUUGUUCUAUCCUGUGAGUAUUAAAAUCUUUUUUUAUCUGUUUUAGAAGAGAAAUGGCAGCUGCUAACUUUGCCAUGGUUUUUAGAGGUUCUGAUUCAAAAAUGCACACUCCUUUCAAUUUUUGCAUUGUAAAUUAUUCUGGUUUUACCAAUAUUACUGAUGGAGGGGUCCUUAAUGUGAAAAAUGAGAUUUGUGAGCAUUAUCAUAUGAUAAAUGCCAUGGUACACUACAAAACUAGGUCUGCUGCUUUCAUAUUUAAAAUUUCUGUAUGGUGUAUAUUGAAAUAUAUAUUAGUUUUAAUGUUCAAAACUGAAUAAAAUUUCAAACAUCUUCAA